CUGAUAGUGAAGAGGGGAGAGGGACUGCUAAUGUUUACAACCACUGUGCUGUCAAUAAUUUUAUCGUAAAAACUGUGAUUUUUGUCAAAAUUCCAGCAGCGUAUGAAAAGACGAGUAACUAAUGGCGCAAACUAAAUGACCUCCUCUUGCAUUCAGGUUUUUGUUAACUGUGAGUGCCGUGUCUCCUCCAGACUCACAGGGAAUCUGAGCCGGCAUCUGCAAAGAAAGUUUCUGAGUGUACAUUUUGCUGGUAAACAGCAUUUUUUUGUUCAUCCCUACGUCUCAUACCAGUGUACUGAUGGAGUGGGUGUUCAUCAUGAACCGGAUGAGCUCUCAGGGCAGCUCUGCAGCCCAGCGGAGGCGGAUGGCCCUGGGGGUGGUGAUACUCCUUCUGGUGGAUGUCAUCUGGGUGGCCUCCUCUGAGCUAACCUCAUACAUUUUCAGGCGACAAGAGUACAACAAACCCUUCUUCAGCACAUUCACCAAGACCUCCAUGUUUGUACUCUAUUUGCUGGGUUUCCUGCUGUGGCGGCCCUGGAGGCAGCAGUGCACUGGCACCCUGAAACGCCGGCACUCUGCAUUUUUUGCUGAUGCUGAGGCCUACUUUGCACCCUGCACCACUGACACCACUGUGAAUAACUGCUUGAGUGAACCACUAUAUGUUCCAAUGAAGUUCCAGGACGUACCAGCUGAGCAUUCAAAUCGUUUAAUGGAAGACUGUGAAUCUUCAUCCAAAAAGCAGCGGGUGCGUUUUAGUAAUAUCAUGGAGGUGCGUCAGCUGCCCUCUACUCAAGCCCUGGAGGCCAAACUGUCCCGCAUGUCCUACCCAGCUGCCAAGGAUCAUGAGACCAUGUUGCGCACAGUGGGCAAGCUAACCAUCACUGAUGUGGCCAAAAUCAGUUUCUUCUUCUGCUUUGUGUGGUUCCUGGCUAACCUGUCCUACCAGGAGGCCCUAUCUGACACACAGGUUGCCAUUGUCAACAUUCUGUCAUCCAGCUCAGGCCUGUUCACACUCAUCUUAGCAGCCAUAUUUCCCAGCAAUAGCAGCGACCGUUUCACCUUGUCCAAACUGUUAGCGGUGGCUCUGAGCAUGGGAGGUGUUGCCCUCGUGAGUAUCUCCAGCAUGGACAACCCUGAUGGGAAAGGCAUCGCAGGUUCUCUGUGGUCACUGGCUGGGGCGAUGCUGUACGCUGUCUAUAUUGUAAUGAUCAAGAGACGAGUGGAUCGGGAGGAUAAACUGGACAUUCCCAUGUUCUUUGGGUUUGUGGGUCUGUUCAACCUGCUGCUGCUGUGGCCUGGCUUCCUCCUGCUCCACUACACGGGCUUUGAGGCCUUUGAGCUUCCCAGCCAGCUGGUGUGGACUUACAUCCUCAUUAACGGGCUCAUUGGAACCGUUCUCUCUGAGUUCCUCUGGCUCUGGGGCUGUUUCCUCACAUCAUCUUUAAUAGGGACUCUGGCAUUGAGCCUCACCAUCCCACUCUCUAUUAUGGCCGAUAUUUGCAUGCAGAAGGUGCGUUUCUCAUGGCUGUUUUUUGCUGGGGCGGUCCCCGUCUUCCUCUCCUUCUUCAUCGCCACGCUCUUAUGCCACUACAACAACUGGGACCCCGUCUUGGUGGGGCUGAGGAGAGCAUACGUCUUCAUUUGCAGGAAACACCGAAUUCAGAGGCUGCCAGAAGACAGCGAGCAGUGUGAAAGCCUUAUUCCUCUACACACCAUCUCCCCCAACGAAGGAAGCUUCUGUUCGUGAUCCAACAGUCAAACACAAAGUGGCGAAUGUGGACACUGAGCUGACAAUCUGGAAGCUUUCAGAGACAUUGAACUACCCCAGUGCCUCCUAUUGAAUAUAUUUAUUUUCUACAGUGUUGAGACGAAGCAUCCAUUUCUACAAAGUCACUUUUAUUUUCACAUAUCAGUCAACACAGGCUGAGAUUCUGUUUUUACUUCUUUUUUUAUGUUUUCUGUGUAAAAAGAAACAAUAUGGUGCUCUAAGUGCUGAACAUUAUCAGUGAUAUACUAUACUGUCAUGUGACCAAUUGAAACGGUACAUGUGAAACUUGAUCAUAACACUAACGGAAGCGGAGUGACUGUGUGUUUCUUUAAAAAUCUGAAAUCAGUGGGUUCAGGGUUGACAUUGUUCCGUACUUCACAUCUGUAUGUUUGUUUGUAGGCCUCUUGAAGCCUUUGGUGCGUGUGAAGCAGACAGUUUCACAAAUGACAGUCUGUCAGAUAUUUAUGUAAAAGCUUUGUUUUUGAUUUUCCUCCCCUGAUUUGUAUUGUUCCUACAGAACUGUCACUAAUUUCAACACCUGGGAUUCUUGCUUUUGAAAACACCAUGUGACAGACUUCAUAUAUAUGAACCAAUCUAUAUGGCUGCAUUGUUUUCAUGAGCAGCGAUGUGGUAGAAUCAAAAACACAAUGCGGUGAUGAGUUACUCAGCCUCGACUGCUUGGGUAAUGACAAUUUCCUUUAGGCCGCCAGGUGAUACUAACGCUGUUCUGGUAGGAUUCAACAUUGUAACAUAUCUCAGCUCUUUUAUUUCUCAGUCUUUUGCUAGUCUUAACCUUUUUCUUUUUUUUUGUCAAGUAACCCUUUUUAAAGUCGGACAUGAAGAAAAAUCAAACUACAGCUGAACAAGAGAGCGUCGUCCUUUAUUGCUUUCUUGUCUCCUGCUGCACGCGUGAUAGUGUUGGAUGAUGAAGUCAAACUGUGAUAUAUGACAUAAUCUUUGGGUUUUUGAAUAUGAACUGAUCGUAAGCCUUCAGCUAUAAGCUACAAAACGCCUCGCUGCAAUAACGGUUUCCUUUUUUGAAAAUGGGUGUAAAUACUGUACACAGUGAAACAUUAUUGAUGUUGUAAAAUUCAGAUGACCACUACAGAUUCCUGUUCUGAGAUUGCCUAUCAUUUUAUAUUUUAUGUAUCAUUGUAAAUGAUUUCAGCCAGAUGAAGAUUCUCUUUUACUUGCAACUGAGAUUACGUCACAUCUGUUGUACAUGAUCCUUUUUUUGUUUUGUUUUUUUCUUAAGCAAAAAAUGACUGCUUCAUUUGCUGUGUUUGUGAUUUCAUGUGAUGGAGACUGUCUAUCCAGGAUGUAAACACUACAGUUGUAGGUGAAGUGUCAGUGUUAUUCCACUCAUCCUGUGAAACGCCGGCUGUGUGUACAUCUUUAUGGAGUGUUUUUAUUGCACUCACCAUUGACUGGAUGUUUGAAGUGGAGGAAGUAGUAACCGUCUUGUGAGGGUAAGUGAACGGGUGAGCACUUUAAGUGACUGAUAUAAACUUGUCUUGUUCAUUAUUGCACUUGCUGUGUUGCUGUUUCAGUCCCUCCUGCCACAGUUGCAAGUAUGAAAGCUUUUUUAGGAUGAUUAGUUUCCAAGUGGUAAACGUUUCCCUUGUCUGCUUAAAAGCACUUCACUGUUCAAAAUCGUUGUUUUUUUUGUUUUUUUCUUUUAUCAGUGGUGCUCAUGGAAUAAUGAAUAUUUUUUUCUUUCUCAGGUUCUUAGUCUUGCUUUACAUUCUGGACUUUGUCUUUGUCUUUUAAUUGUCAUUAAUGAAGAUGUUAUAAGACCUUAAAGAAAAAUUGUUGUAAUAAUAAGUUCCCUUUUUAUCAGUCUCAGCUCUUGAAUUAUCCUUUUAUUACACUGCACUAUUAAAACACCUCUUUUUAAA